UGUGCAUUCACAUGCUCUCUACUUUUUAACACCGCCGGCGACGCAGCUCCAAGUCCGAGCAAGCAAACACCAGAGCGAGACGAGAGACCUUUUGCGAGGGAAAUUCCCCAAAAACAUGGAAGCACCCUGUGGUUCCGGCGCGUCGGCGACCCAGUACGACGUGUUCCUGAGCUUCAGAGGACCCGACACUCGCAACACCUUCACCGACUGCCUCUACCGGACCAUGGUCGGCCAGGGGAUCAUUGCCUACAGAGACAGUGAAGAGCUUCAUGCCGGUGAUCGGAUCGACGAUCUCCUGACAGCGGUCGGCGACUCCAAGAUCUGCAUACCGGUCCUCUCCAGAGGCUACGCUUCGAGCCCUUGGUGCCUCCGCAAGCUCGCUCGUGUGACAGAGCUCAACGAAUCAACCGGGAAGCCAGCGAUCCUACCCAUCUUCUUUGACGUCACGCCCUCUGACGUCAAGGUCAGGACGGAACUGUACGUGGAGGACUUGGAGAAGCACGAGCGGAGGCAUGGCAGCGAGAUCAGGCAACGGUGGGAGGCGGCUCUGAGAAAAGUGGCUGAGAUCAAGGGAUGGGAAGUACAAGGGAAAGCACACGGCGAAGUCAUUGAUCUCGUUGUGAAAGAGGUUCUGCAUAAGCUUAAAGUGAAACAAAGACCUCUGGACACCAAAUUGGUCGGGGUAGACGAACAAGUAGAAGCCAUAAUGAAGUUGUUAGAUGAUGACUCCAGCACUGGUGUGCGUUCCGUUGGAAUCCAUGGAAUGGGUGGGAUCGGUAAAACUACUCUCGCUAAGAUUGUUUUCAAUGAAUUAUGUCCUCGCUUUGAUGGCCGAUGCAGCUUCAUUGAGGACAUCCGAGAACAAUCAAACACAAUUGGCCUAAAACAAUUGGCAUCCGACAUCUCUGAUUUUAGAUUUAUAGACAAUUUUAGUAACACUGAUGAAGGGAUACAUAGCAUAACAAGGAGAGCUAGUUCUAAGAAAGUUCUUGUUGUUCUAGAUAAUCUAAACAAGAAAGAACAACUUAAGAAACUAAUGGGGAGGCUUGACGCUUUUUGUUCUGGGGGUAGGAUUAUUAUUACAACGAGGGAUAAGCGCAUUCUAGAUGAAGAGAUGGGAAUGUUAGCUUAUGAAGUAAAGCAGAUGGAUCUUGAUAAAGCGCUAGAGCUUUUCGCUUGGCAUGCUUUUCGAAGCGUCUCUCCUCCUGACACUCAUCAGAGUCUCUCUAGAGAAGUUGUAUCUUCAACCAGGGGACUCCCAUUGGCUCUUGAAGUCAUAGGUUCCUCUCUUCAUCGUAAAGGAACAAAAAUAUGGGAAGAAAUGCUAGAAAGAUUGAAGAAAGCACCUCAUAAUGAAGUCUGA